AUGGCCCGUAAAUUCAUUAGUGGCGAUGACCUUGCAGCCAUACGAAUAUUUAUCGUAAGUUUAGGAAUGGCAGGCACAGCAAUCACGGGUGCAAUCAUCGAGGGUCGAGUCGAGAGCGUGAUUUUAAUGCCAUCAAACAAAGUACAAUUUAUGAAAGAAAUAGCGAUUCUAGGUCCCGGACUAGAAAUGAAAAAGGGGGGCGUUGUUGCUGCUAAGAUGAAUCCAGUUUUACACAAAAGCAGCUUAUUGGCAACGCCAUAUUACUUUUACGACGGAGAAUCAUGCUAUUCCUGCUUCAGAAAUGAAUAUCUUCAUCCAUAUUUGAGAAGAAAGAAUACUAACGACACACAAGCAUAUAUUGUCGAUGAAUUCAAACCCUUUGUCGAUCAAGUUUUGAAGUCAUAUGAGGAGAGUUUGAACAAAGAUUUGCAGCAUAUGUUAGAAGAAGAGAUUUCUGUUGAGAGUCAGCAUAUCAAGCUAUAA